AUGAAUCUAGGAUCGCUUUCGUUGAGUACGAGCAAGUCGAGUAAGCCAAUGGUUAGCCUUAGCUUCUCGAUACCGUAUUUUACUCACUGGGGACAGAGCUUGUUGGUUUGUGGUUCGGCUCCUGGACUUGGUUCUGGGAAUGUGAAAAAAGGUUUGCUGCUAAAGCCGUCUCACAAGGAUGAUCAGCUUAUCUGGAGUGGAUGUGUCUCUGUUCCACCUGGGUUUACCUGUGACUACUGUUACUAUGUGGUGGAUGACUUGAAGAAUGUGCUGAGGUCGGAGUUUGGGAUGAAGCGGAAACUCGUGGUUCCUGAGACGUUGAUUGGUGGAGAGUCUGUACAGCUUCGUGAUCUCUGGCAGAGUGGGGAUCAAGCUCUCCCAUUUAGAAGCGCAUUUAAAGAUGUCAUCUUCCGCAACAGUGGUGAUCUGAAAGUAGAAAGACCUCUAGGGGUCUUUGAGAAUAAGUCGGAUCGAGAUGAUUCAGUUGUUGUCCAAUUCAGAAUCUGUUGUCCAGACAUUGGGGAGGGAACAUCGGUGUAUGUUCUAGGCACCCCAGCGAAGUUGGGGACAUGGAAAGUUGCAAAUGGACUUAGACUCAACUAUGUUGGUGAAUCCAUAUGGGAAUCAGAUUGCUUGAUCCCUAAAGCAGACUUUCCUAUCAAAUAUCCUUUCUUUCCUUCCUUCCAGACUUAUUUAUACUGUAAAGUUCAGAAGGAAGGUAACAUAGGUUUGGAAUCUGGUGGUAAUCGGGAGCUUUCUCUUCACACCAGCGGUCGUAAACAGGAAUACAUUGUCAUGUCGGAUGGCUUGUUUCGAGCAAUGCCAUGGAGGGGUGCUGGUGUUGCAGUUCCCAUGUUCUCUGUUAGAUCAGAAGAUGAUCUUGGCGUGGGAGAGUUUCUCGAUCUGAAGUUGCUUGUUGACUGGUCCGUUGAUUCCGGGUUGCAUCUAGUACAACUUUUACCAGUAAAUGACACAUCCGUGCAUAAGAUGUGGUGGGACUCGUAUCCAUACAGCUCGUUAUCUGUGUUUGCAUUGCAUCCAUUAUAUCUUAGAGUACAGGCUCUCUCUGAACGUCUGCCAGAAGGUAUCAAGGAAGAAAUUCAGAAGGCAAAGAAGCAACUGGACAAGAAGGAUGUUGAUUAUGAGGCUACCAUGGAAACUAAGCUUUCAAUUGCCAAGAAGAUCUUUGACCUAGAGAAAGACCAGACGUUGAACUCGAGCUCUUUCCAGAAAUUCUUCUCUGAGAACGAGGGCUGGUUAAAACCAUAUGCAGCUUUCUGCUUUCUGCGUGACUUUUUUGAGACUUCAGAUCAUAGUCAGUGGGGGACCUUUUCUGACUACACAGAAGACAAGCUUGAAAAAUUGACAUCCAAGGACAGCUUGCACUAUAACACUAUAUGCUUCCACUAUUACAUCCAAUACCAUUUACAUGUACAAUUGUCAGAAGCAGCAGAAUAUGCAAGGAAGAGAGGAGUUGUGCUGAAAGGAGACCUACCUAUUGGCGUUGACAGAAACAGUGUCGAUACCUGGGUUAACAAGAAUCUAUUUCGUAUGAAUACGUCAACUGGAGCACCUCCAGACUAUUUUGACAAAAAUGGUCAGAACUGGGGAUUUCCUACUUAUAACUGGGAGGAAAUGUCAAAAGACAACUAUGCUUGGUGGCGUGCUCGCUUAACACAGAUGGGGAAAUAUUUCACAGCGUACAGGAUUGAUCAUAUAUUAGGAUUCUUUAGAAUCUGGGAGCUUCCAGCUCAUGCUAUGACCGGUUUAGUGGGGAAGUUCCGGCCAUCUAUUCCAUUAAGUCAGGAAGAGUUGGAAAAGGAGGGAAUAUGGGAUUUUGACCGGUUAAGCAAGCCCUAUGUCCAGAGGAAGUUUCUUGAGGAGAAAUUUGGAGAUUUUUGGCCUUUUAUUGCGUCAAACUUCCUUAAUGAAACUCAUAAGGACUUCUACGAGUUCAAGGAGGACUGCAACACAGAGAAAAAGAUUGCAGCAAAGCUGAAGUCAUUAGCUGAGAAGUCUUUGUUGAUAGAAAGUGAGGACAAAGUUCGCCGGGAUGUCUUUGACAUUUUACGGAAUGUUGUUCUGAUCAAAGAUCCAGAGGAUGCAAGAAAAUUUUACCCUCGCUUUAAUAUUGAGGAUACUUCAAGUUUCCAGGAUUUGGAUGAUCACAGCAAAAAUGUUCUGAAGAGACUAUACUAUGACUACUAUUUCCAACGCCAAGAGGAUCUAUGGAGGAAAAAUGCUUUGAAAACCUUGCCUGCUCUGUUAAAUUCGUCUAAUAUGCUGGCAUGUGGGGAGGAUCUCGGCCUCAUUCCAUCUUGUGUACAUCCUGUUAUGCAAGAACUGGGGUUGGUUGGCCUUCGCAUUCAGCGUAUGCCCAGUGAGUCCGAUGUGAAAUUCGGGAUUCCCUCUAAUUAUGACUAUAUGACGGUAUGUGCUCCUUCAUGCCACGACUGCUCUACACUGCGUGCUUGGUGGGAGGAAAACGAAGAGAGAAGACAACAUUACUUCAAGGAAGUGAUUGGUGUAGAUGAAAUCCCUCCAAGUCAGUGUGUUCCAGAGAUAACCCAUUUCAUUCUGAGGCAACACGUUGAAGCUCCAUCAAUGUGGGCUAUUUUCCCUCUUCAGGAUAUGUUGGCUCUGAAAGAAGAGUACACUACUCGUCCUGCAACAGAAGAGACGAUCAAUGACCCAACAAACCCUAAACAUUACUGGCGAUACCGCGUACACGUGACGCUGGACUCGCUUAUGAAAGACACAGACCUGAAAUCGACUAUCAAGAACCUUGUUUCGAACAGCGGAAGAUCUGUUCCUGCUUCUGCUGCUGGUAAAGACACUAACAACAAUAAGAACCAAGGAGAAGUUAUAGCCAAUGGUUCAACAAAGCCAAACCCAUGA